AUGCGGUGGAAUCUGGUGUGCGAUAAAGCCUGGGUUCCGAGUGCAAUCGCCUCGAUCCAAAUGGCCGGAAUGCUAGUGGGGAACAUCGUGUGUGCCCAAUUGGCGGACCUUGUAGGCCGGAAGCAGCCGUUCUUCUUCUCGCUCCUGGGCAUCUCAUUGCUGAACCUGGUAGCCGCAUUCUCGACUUCCUGGUUGAUGUUCGCCAUCUUACGGUUCCUGCUAGGAGUAUCCGUCGGAUUCUUCGUCACCACUCAGUACAGCAUCAUGUCCGAGUUCACUCAAGCACGCUGGCGGACGGUGGUCGUGGCCAUUCCGUCGUGGCCUCUAGAGAAGGCUCUGUUCGCGCUGGUCAUCUGGCUCGCGCAGGACUGGAAGUAUGUUCAGAUUGUGACCGCGUGCGUCGCCGCCCCAUUUGUGGUCGCCGCUUGGUUUUUGCCUGAAAGUUUCCGCUGGUACGUCGGUCACGACCGGGACGCCGAGAAGGUCAUCAAAAGAGUCGCGCGCAUCAACGGGAAACCGUAACCGGAUGUUACGAAGUUUAUAGCACAAAUGCUCCCAGAAGAUACGCAGGAUCGCAAAUACAGCUUCUUGGACUUAUUUCGAAGCAGAGAACUUCUGAAAUACACGUUACUUUUUUCUAUCGCCUGGUUCAAUCUGGGUCUGAGCACAUACGCGAUGAAUUUCGGACUACCCUCGCUAUCCGGGAGCCUGUACCUCAACAUAUUCAUUACCUCUAUUAUUGGAAGUCCCCUACAAGUGCUCGUGAUGUGGUUACAGAACAGAUUUGGUCGCAAGAAGAGCGCGUACCUGUUUCACGUCAUUUGCGCUGUGGGCGCUGUCGUGGGGGCGGUGUUACAGCGAUUGGAACAAACGUCAAACAUAAAGUCUGCAACCAGCAUCUGCUUCCUGAUAGCGAUAAUCGCUAUUGAUGCAGCCUGGUCGCCCGUGCAGACAGUAACCAUAGAGACAUUUCCGACUGUCGUCAGGAACAUCGGUUACGGUCUGCAGAACAUGCUGUCCAGAAUCGGAGCAAUACUAGGACCUCAACUGGUCUUCCUGGACAUCAAGGUUCCCGGAUUGAUGUACGGGCUCUGUGCCGCCACCACGUUUCUCUCGAUCGCCUCCCUCGUCCCCAUACCGGAAACACGUGGUGUGGACCUUAAAGACAAGAUAGCGUCGUCACGCGAACGCGCCGCUGAGGUUUCUGAGAUCGAGGAUCGCGGUCCGUUAAAGGAACAGACGGACGGCGUCUUGAAUGGAGUUAUAUGAAUGGAGCCGCAUAUUGUUGACAUAUAAUGUAUAUCUUAUUCAUAUGCAGAGGGUAUAUUGGUGUAUAAGUAUGUACAUUGUCAAAUAUUCACGUUUGCUAUAUUAGCAUUACUAUAUAU